AUGGUUGAGGGGGGAAAUCCUGCUACAAAGGUUCAGAAAGGAAAAUGCAACCGAUGUGAGAAAUUGAUUGAAGCUGAUCCUAAGUUAAAUAGAACCAUAACAAUGUGGAAACACCAUCAAUCAUGUUUAAAGAAGCAUGCAGCUAAACAAGGGCAGACAAUGCUCAACCAAGAAGUGCCAGGGUCAUUGACAACUUGGAGAUUCAACCAGGAAGCUUGUAGGAUUGCACUAUGCAAGAUGAUUAUCCUCAAUGAACUUCCUUUCAGAUACACUAUUCGUGCAUACUGUGUGAAGAUGUUUGUGGAGCAAAAGGAACAUGUCAAGGUCUUUUUCAGCUCUACAGGAAUAGGGAGAGUGUCAAUUACUACAGAUUGUUGGACGUCAAUCAAUAACACAAACUUCAUUUGUGUUACGGCGCAUUGCAUCGGCAAAGACUGGAAAUUGCACAAGAAGAUUAUCAACUUCUCCAAAGUCUGUAGUCAUAAAGGGAGGGAUCUUGCUAAAGCAAUGAUGGUUGUCUUGGAAGAAUGGGGUUUACAAAGAGUUAUGUGUUGCACCAAGGACAAUGCAACUUCAAACGAUGUAGCAAUUAGGCACUUGAAGUCAAAGCUUCUUGAUAAGAAUAUGAUUCCAGCAGGUGGACAAUAUCUCCACCUGAGAUGUGUUGUACACAUCAUUAACCUAGUCGUGUGUGAAGGAUUGACUGAUAUAGGAAUGUCUAUCAGACGAGUGAGGGAAGCUGUAAGAUGGAUAAAAGGUUCCCCUGCCAAAUUUGAUUCAUUUAAGGAUACAACGACAUUGCUUAAGACGAAUACAUCCAAGUUUCUAUGUUUGGAUGUGCCGACUAGAUGGAACUCCACAUACUUAAUGCUAGAGGCGACAAUACCAUAUGAGCAACGGAAGAAGCACAACAAACAACCUCUUGGUCUGCCCAAAGAAGAAGAUUGGAUUGAAGUCAAGAAGAUGUGUGGCUACCUUGAGAAGUUCUAUGAUCUCACGGUUGAAGUAUCUGGCAGCAAAUAUGUCACAGCACACAACUUUUUCAAAGAAAUGUGUGAUCUCUUCACAAUCAUCCGUCGAUUGGAGAGUCAAGAAGAUGAUGACAUAAAGAACAUGGCAAAGAAGAUGAAGGAGAAACUUGGAAAAUAUUGGCUGGAGGAAACUGAAUUGAACCCGGACAUGAACAAGAUCAUUUACAUUGCUGCAAUCUUAGAUCCUCAGCAAAAGAUGAAGCACAUGUUGACUUGUUUGAAAUUUGUCUAUGGUGAUUAUUGUGCGAGUCAGUUGGUGGAAGAUAUAAAUGACUCAUUGCAUGACUUAUUUGAGUUGUAUCAUGCUGAGGUGACUCCAGUUGUGGAUCACACACCAGCACCACCACCAACAUCAUCAAUGGCCAAUCCGUUGGAUAAUCUUCGAUUUCUUGGGCAAGGAUUGUGCAGUCAGCUACAUAUUACUGAGGAAGAUGAUGAUGAUGACGAUGCCACUAGAUAUUCAGAGCUGAAACUCUAUCUUUCAAGAAACAAUACAAGAUGA